CGACUCGGCAGUCAUAUACGUACGCCAGACUCCAGCGCACCACGUAACCGUCUCUAUAUACCAAAUACCAAUACGACCAUACCGGACCACGAUGGUCAUUGCGUUUCUCUUGUGAUGUAGUUCCGUACCUAUGCACGUCGUCGUCGGUUGUACCCGGUAAUACACCAUCGAUCAGUCGUGUAGUGCCAAUACUCACGUCGUGUAAUUAUAAUAUUAUACUAACCAAAUAACAAAAUUACACAUACUUAUUUACACUCAUUAUAAUAUUGUGCACGUUACUUACGGUGAGUGUUGUGUAACAUUGAUCGCCGCCAUACAUUGUAUAUCUGCUUAAAUAACGAGCCGUUAUCGCGAUUAUCUCGUUUCAAAAAGUGUAUCGUGCCCAUCGAUUCAAACAAGUUGUAUAUCAUAAUAUUAUUACAGCACGCGUGUACCGUAUUCGGAAAUAUGUGAUUCUGUGGUGUAUCAAAUAAUAUAAUAUGCGAACCGCUGCCCUUUCGUCGACCUCCGGAUUUUUGACGCCGACGCCGCCGAACCGACGUGUGAGCACCACAUAUUUGGAUUUUUCUUCAACAGGUAGAUAAUGCCAAAACCUUGGAAUGGUGGAUCUGAACCCGGCUGAGAAACCAAUGCUAGAAGAUGGCAGAACGGCCCUGCACUACGCUGCUUCGACGGGCGAUAGUGACUCGGUUGCCGAACUAUUGGCCGCCGGUUCCGUGGAUGCCAACGCCCAGGAUACGGUCGGCUAUUCAGCCGUGCAAAUCGCCGCAGCUGAAGGUCACCUGGACGUACUGCGGCUGUUGUUGCGACACGACGCCAACGUUAACCUGCACGACAACCUGCAUGGCAAUACGGCCCUGCACGAGGCCAGCUGGAAAGGUUAUAGCAAAACAGUGGCGUUGCUCGCAUCUUCCGGCAGCGACUUGGACCGCAAGAAUUAUGGGGGAUCGUCUGCAUUGCAUUUAUGCUGCCAGAACGGACACAACCAAAGUUGUCGGGAACUCUUACUUGCCGGAUGUAAUCCGGAUGUCCAAAAUAACUAUGGUGAUACACCACUUCAUACAAGCGCCCGGUAUGGACACGCCGGAGUACUGAGAAUAUUAAUAAGUGCUCAGUGUAAAGUUUCUGAGCAAAAUAAAAAUGGUGAUACGGUACUACAUAUUGCCGCAGCUAUGGCCAGGAAGAAAUUAACUAAAAUAAUUUUGCAAGCUAAAUGUAAUAUUGCAUUAAAAAAUAAGCAAAACGAAACUGCCAGAGAUAUUGCAGAACGUAAAAAUUUGACUGAUAUUAUAGAAAUUUUAAAUAAUCCCCUGUACAAAAAGAAAGGCAGCAGUUCAAAAACGAAAAAAGAUUCAAAGGAUAGUAAAAAACGAACCGAUACGAAUAUUAAAAAACAAUGGUCUCCCUACGGUUGCCAUUAUUUUCCGGAUACCAAGGAGUUCCCGAAACCAAAGUUGAACUCGUUGCCUGAAGAACCCUUGCACGCAGGUGAACAAUAUUAUCUAGACUUGGCUGGAAACAUUAGAAAAGGACCAGUAGGAGUAGGGUACACAUGUUAUUGUGCACCCUUUUUCAAAGAAUUAGAAGCUCGAUUAGACCACAAUACGAAAAAGUUAAAACGGCAGAUUUGUCGUACGGAAGAUAAUAUUAAUCGGAGAUUGUGUUCUGUUGAGAAACAACUAAAGCGAUCAAACGAAAAACUUCAGCAGGUGGUUGAAGAAGUGAGCGACAACGACAGCGAGUUGGAAAACCGGUUUCGAACAGAAUGUGCUAUUGAUACCACGGUCAUGGACCCAAACUUACGAUGGCGGUUAGACUAUCUGACAGCUCGACGUCACGAAGAUAUACCAUGUAAUGAUUCUGGAUAUAGCACUAAAAUGUUUAGUAACUCCCAAGGCCCAUCACCUUCAUUGUCCAAUUUGAUGGAGAAUGGCACGGUGCCUGUCAUAGAAAGCAGUAAAAUGCCAAAAUCAUUAAGUGUAUUGCCUGACAAUAACAACAUGGAAAGUAUUGUAUGAUCAAAACGUGCCAAAGUUAUCUAAAAAAAUUGUAUAUUUCAAUAAACAAUUAAUUAUAAGGGUUAUAAUUUAUUAUGAGAUUUUUUUACA